AUAUCGUUUUCAAUAUCUUUUUUUUUGCAAACUAAGAUGAUGAGGCUCUUGAUAACCUCUCUUGCAAUUAUCGUUACUUUAGCUCAUGCAAAAACCGAGAAACAAGAAGUCUCUGCGUUGAAUGUAAUGUUCACGAGCUUAAAUUCACCGCCCAAACUCAAAGGCUGGAAAUCUAGCGGAGGCGAUCCUUGUGACGGUUCUUGGGAAGGCGUUAAAUGCAAAGGCUCAUCGGUCACUGAAUUACAGUUGUCAGGGUAUGAGCUAAGUGGAUCGCUAGGUUAUCUACUAAGCAACCUCAAAUCUCUCACAACUUUUGAUCUCAGCAAAAACAAUCUCAAAGGAAACAUACCUUACCAACUCCCACCCAACAUUGCCAAUCUGGACUUUUCUGACAACGAACUCGAUGGAAACGUACCCUACUCGUUAUCUCAAAUGAAUAAACUCAAAAGCAUUAAUCUUGGACAAAACAAACUCGAUGGAGAACUUUCAGAUAUGUUUCAGAAACUCUCCAAACUCGAAACUGUGGACUUCUCGUUAAAUAAACUCUCUGGGAAAUUACCUCACAGUUUUGCUAAUCUCACAAGCCUAAAAAAACUACAUUUGCAGGAGAAUCGAUUCACAGGAGACAUAAACGUACUCAGGAACCUUCCCAUUGAUGACUUGAAUAUAGAAGACAACCAGUUCGAAGGAUGGAUACCUAACGAACUCAAGGAAAUAGACAGCUUACUGACUGGAGGAGGCAACGACUGGUCAACAGAAACUGCUCCGCCGCCACCUCCGGGUGUUAAAUACGGUCGAAAAUCCGGAGGAUCUAAUCAAGGAGGAGGUAUGAGUAUUGGCACCGGACUGAUGAUAGCCGGAGCAAGCUUAGGAGUUCUUGUCUUAAUCAUAGUUCUGAUCGGUCUUGUCUCUAAGAAAAAAUCAUCUCCCAAUCCUCACUUCAUAGAUGAAGACAUUAGCCAACACACGCCAAGGCUCAGAUCUAUGAGAUCUCAUGGAUCUUCACAAGAGCUUCGUAUCGAUUUUGGCAACGAUUACAAAGGUAGAAAAUCUUUAGACUCAGAUGAUGAGAAUGUGCAAGGGGUUGGAUCAAAGGGACUAAAGCAUUCAGUUUCAUCGCGUGUGAUGUCUUUCAACGACACCGAGUUCGCGAACAAGCUCAACGCCAAACGAACCACUUCGACUCGUGCUGCUACAGAGUUCGAGCUAUCUGAUCUGCAAACCGCAACAGCUAACUUCGCACCUGGUAAUCUACUCGGUGAAGGCUCGAUAGGACGUGUUUACAGAGCUAAAUACCCUGAUGGACGUACUUUGGCGGUUAAGAAGAUCGAUUCAACAUUAUUUGAUUCGGGUAAAUCAGAAGGGUUAACGGCUAUAGUGAUGAGCGUUUCGAAGAUUCGGCAUCAGAACAUAGCAGAACUCGUAGGUUACUGCUCAGAGCAAGGUCAUAACAUGUUGGUCUACGAGUGUUUCAGGAACGGUUCGCUCCACGAGUUCCUUCAUUUGUCAGAUUGUUUCAGUAAGCCUUUGACUUGGAACACAAGAGUUAGAAUCGCCUUGGGAACCGCUCGAGCCGUUGAAUAUCUACACGAGGCAUGUUCACCGUCUGUGAUGCAUAAGAACAUAAAGUCUUCUAACAUUUUGCUAGACGCGGAUCUCAACCCUCGUCUCUCGGAUUACGGCCUCUCAAAAUUCUACACUAGAACGAGUCAAAACCUUGGAGAAGGAUACAAUGCACCAGAAGCCAAGAACCCUGAUGCCUACACGCCAAAGAGUGACGUCUACAGCUUUGGAGUCGUCAUGUUAGAGCUUCUCACUGGUCGAGUUCCAUUUGACGGAGAGAAGCCAAGGCCGGAGAGAUCGUUGGUGCGGUGGGCGACACCGCAGCUUCACGACAUAGAUGCAUUGUCGAAUAUAGCAGAUCCAGCAUUGCACGGACUUUACCCACCAAAGUCAUUGUCAAGAUUCGCUGACAUUAUCGCAUUAUGCGUACAAGUGGAACCAGAGUUCCGACCACCGAUGUCGGAAGUGGUGCAGGCGCUUGUAAGGAUGGUUCAAAGGUCAAGUAUGAAACUUAAAGAUGAUCUUAGAGCACACGACGAGUAUGAUUUCUAGUGUUAAAUAAUAAUAAAAAAGUAGCCAAAGACACACGAGAUAUAUACUAUUAUU